AUGAUCUGCACCGAUUUAUCAGAAGACUUCUCGGAUUUGGAGGCAUAUUUGCACCAGGUUAUUGAAACGAAAGCGAUAGAAUUGCAGAAGGACCAAACGAAACAACAGAAUGAGUGUCAUCAUUUUGAUCUUCAGGAUUUCCAAAAAAAAACUUUUCUUGAAUUAUUAAUAAAUCUUUCUGGUGGAAGUCAAGGUUUAACAAAUGAAGAGUUAAGAGAAGAAAUUUUAACUUUAAUUGUGGCAGCUACAGACACCUCAGCUGUAGCAAUGGGAUUUACUCUUAUAUUGUUAGGAAAAUAUCCAAAGAUACAAGAUAAAGUACAUGAGGAGUUAAACGAGAUUUUAGGAAAUUCUGAUCGUCCUGUAGAAAGUGAAGAUUUAAAUAAAUUAACAUAUCUAGAAAGAGUAAUUAAAGAGUCAUUGAGAUUAUAUCCUCCGGUACCUUUUGUUAUAAGGAAAAUAGAGAAAGAAAUAAAAUUACCAACAGGAAGCUGUCUCCCGGCGGGUAGCGGAGCGGUGUUAUCUAUUUGGGGCGUCCACCGAAAUCCUAGGUGUUGGGGUGCUGACGCUGAGCACUUCGACCCUGAUAGAUUUUUACCAGAGCGCUUUAAAUUAGUGACAAAUGGCAGCUAUAUACCUUUUAGCGGUGGACCACGUAAUUGUCUCGGAUACCAAUAUGCUCUGAUGUCUAUCAAAACAGCUUUAUCUACAAUACUUCGAAAGUAUAAAGUACUAGGAGAACCAGAACCCUCACCCAUACCUCAUAUAAGAGUCAAGGUUGAGAUCAUGAUGAAAGCUGUAGAUGGAUUUAAUGUAACAUUGCAGAAGAGAGAAUGA